CAGAUCAUUCUGCAAUCGAUGCAAGCAACCCCGCCUCCUCGUCGAUACCAAAACCCCCGCUGAUUCCAAGUGGCUUCCUCGUAUUGGCGAUUGGAUCUGCACCGGUGCUUCUUGAGAAGCUGAUUCAAACUGGUUCAUAGUGUAAAUUUGUUAGUAUUUCAGCUUUUUUUGUUCUGUUUUUUAAAUACCAGUUCUCUCAAGGACACACGUAUGACACCAUGUAUUAUGCUGUAUUUAUUUCAUACAUGGUUAAGUUUUAUAAAAUGAUUGAUGUUAGAAAGAUGCCCGACCUAGCAUGACAUUUGAUUUUGGUUUAUGAUAUUCUGUUUCAAAUUGAGAUGAAGAACUUGCUAUCGCCUAGGUUGAGAUGUUUGUGCUUUUUGUAUGUGUAUUUUGUGUGGGAUGGACGGGUUGGUGUGCGUGGGACGUGUUGGUGUGCGUAUGCUUGGCUUCCUUUCCCCUCUGGCUGCUUUCUGGGGCUGGGUUUGUAUGCAUGGAACAAUAGGUUGCACUAACAACAAUUAUGCAUCAAGAGAGAAGUGCAAGAAGUGUGGACAACCAAAGGAAGUAGCAGCCAUGCCAGCAAUUGCGAUGACUGGAGCAUCUUUCCCCACUUUUUCACAUUAUUAUUCCAGGGGCCCAGGGGGACCAGAACAAAAGAUGAAUAUUGGAUUGCUUGGCAGUGGAGCACCGCCACAGUCACUACAUUUAAACUCCAAUUGGCCCAUUCUUGGAGCAGAUAAGUAUGGUGUCCAACCGAUUUCCAUAUGGCUACCUGGUGGAAAUUAUAGCUCUGGACAUCCUCUCGAUAAUUCCACCAACCAGAACCUAUCUGUUCCAAAGGGAUGGCGCAGUGGGGACUGGAUCUGUAACUGUGGCUUCCACAAUUACUCGUCCCGCUCCCAGUGUAAAAAAUGCAAUGCCUUUCAACCUGCACUUGGGACAAAGCGACUAGCCUCUGAAGAGUUGGUUUAUGACUGGGACAACAAGAGAUUGAAUACAAAUGAUCAACAGCAAACAUAUACAAGUUUAGAUCAAGUGGUAGGGACAGGUGCAGAUCCAAAACCUGAAGUCUUCCCCUCUUAUCCCAGCAUGAACUCAAGUACAACUCCAAGUUUGCCAUUGGCCACACUUCUUCCACCUCAAGUUUCUACACCUGCCCUCCUUGGAAAAGGAGCAAAGCAAUGGCGCAGUGGAGACUGGAUGUGCUCAAAUUGCAAUAAUCACAAUUAUGCUUCAAGACUACAGUGUAACAGGUGCAAAACUCAAAGAAUGGCGCCCAUGCAACCUGUUAAUGUUGUUUAAUGUUGAAUUUAUUAGUUAAAUUGCUGUGACGUGCCCUAGUUUGGCUGAGUUUUGUUUUUAUUUUCUAGCAUUACUUUGGCAGCAAAACGCGUUGAUGUUCUCUGACAUGUUCGUUAUAUUUGCGUAAGACAAUAGUUUAUGCUCAGUACCAUCAUAUCUUUUAGUUUCUGAAAAUGUAUUGCUUACCAUAAAUAUUCUAUUUGAUAGAGGAUUGUGGAUGAGUUGAGUAUUC